AUGGAUUCAAGACCAGCUCAAGAGAAACGACGUAAGUUUUGAGAAUCUCAUUUUCUAAAUUCAUACCUUCGUAAUGCCAACUUAAGACGUCAAGGGCACCCAACGACUGUUUCCUCCGAAAUACAUUGAAAACACGUUUCAGGCUAUCCAGAGUACGUUUUGACCUCUAGAAAUACAUUCUAAGCGGCGCCAUAAAAUUUGUACCUCUUCGGUCAUUUUAGCGGAACUUGAGUCUUAUUGAAUUUACAAGGGCUUCAGUAUUUUUUUUCUGAAAGUUUUCGCGGCAAUUCAAGUUAUUACAAAAGUAGAUAAUUUUUCUGAUUUCUCUCUCCAUCACAUUUUUUUCGAAAUCUAAAAUUUUAGGUUUCCUUUUUUGUAUGAAGAAUAGCCCAAUCUGGGGAGUGAAAUGUGAAAAUUAAACUUCAGAAAAGCGUAGGGAAUUUACUAGAUAAGUGUCGAAAAUUGUCAAUGAAUGGACAGUCAUCUUCAAAUUUUUAGUAUUCCUUAAACCAAGUAAUAGAAAAUAAUAUUCCAGGCAAUAUUUACUUCUUCGAACAGAUAUUUUACAGAAAACAGUCUUUGGGUGCCCCUGAGACUUCUCCUUUGCACUCGAAGGGUUAAAUCAGCCUUGAGCAAUAGUGUCACCAUAUAGUGUUAAUGUAAAACUGUAUAUUCUCUUUAAAAGUUUUUAAUUUCAUUUACACUUUAAGUUCUGUUAAAAUUUUGUGCAUCUUAACAUAAGACCGAAGACAUUGCGUAGAUCAUCAUAACAGUCGAAAGAUCAGUCUCCGUUAAUCUUAUGCAUAAGUUCAGUUGUUGAUGCGCCGGAAAGAGUCAUAUUAUAAAUGCGACACUUUGCGAGACAUUUCGACUUCAAGUUAUUUCCCGAGACAACCUUGGCGUUUAACUACACUCGAUUUUACAAGGGGCACGCUAGUUAUCACGACCUUAAACGACUUCUCUUUUAAUUCCCAGAAAGACGUCGCAGAACGAAAUUUUCAGACCAGCAACUUGCUCGUUUGGAGGAAAUUUUUCAGAAAGACCCAUUCCCAGGAAUUUACUUAAGGGAGAAACUAGCGCGAGAGCUUGGCCUCGAGCACUGCAUUAUCCAGGUAAGGUUUGUGCAAUUUCCACACAUACUAUUAAGCAAAUACGCUAUGAGUUCUGAAAUUUGUAACUGAAAUCUUAGAGUGUGACCAUUCAAAUGGAACCUCUUCAGAAAAUGUUUUCCCCUGCUGAGGACCAGUACCUCUUGAGUCUGUGGAUAAACACCCCGUUCCAAAUUCAGUAAGUAAAAGGUGCCAGGGUUUUUCGAAAAAUAGGAGGUUAACAAAUCAGACAAUUUGUAAGUUUAACUAAAAUAUGUCUUAUUGAAGGGUGAAAAACCAACAUUUGGUCAACAUAUCUUUUGUCUUAAAAUAGUGUUUAGUGUGAUAUUUUGUAUGUCUUGAAGAAUGAACAGCACAGUGUUGCAUUAUAUCUAUGGUUUUUUUUUUCAAUUUAGUUUCCUCUAAAAUGCUUAGAUUGA